UUUCCCUCGAAAAUGAUGACAUCAAGUAUGAAAGUCGCCAUUGCUGACCAAGACCACCCUCACAACCAUGAACCAACCCAGACUCGACGAUAGUACCUCGAGAAUCACAUGCACACUAAUCUAAUAUAAUUUUUCUGUACAUAAAAACGCACGAAAGCUUAGGACUAGCGAUUCAGCAGCCUAUAACUUUCUAGUUAAUUACCUCCUCUUCAAUAUUCACACAAACCAUGGCUAUUCCUCUUCCUAACGCCCUCCUUCCUCUCAAACACGAAAUAUUCCGAUCAAAUUCUUGUUUACCGGUGACGCCGGUCCGACGAUUGGAUUCUCUCAACAUCUCAUCGACGACGAGGAGUAUUACAACAGCUGCUCGAGUCUUGUCGAGGACUAGCGAGUCUUUGUCCUCUAUUAUCACUGAACUCGAAAAGGAUCAAAACAAUGAAAACCUGGAAAAAGAAGAUCAUGAUGACGAUCAAACAGAGAGACAAAUUGCUGAUGUGUGGAGAGAAAUCCAUGGACAGGAUGAUUGGGUCGGGUUGCUUGAUCCGAUGGACCCGGUUUUGAGAUCCGAGUUGAUUCGGUAUGGCGAGAUGGCUCAAACCUGCUACGACGCGUUCGACUUCGAUCCGUAUUCAAAGUACUGCGGGAGCUGCAGAUUCCCUCGCCGGAAGUUCUUCGAUUCGCUCGGGAUGUCUCAUCUCGGAUACGACAUCACCAGAUACCUUUACGCGACUUCGAAUAUCAACCUCCCUAACUUCUUCAAGAAGUCACGUUGGCCGAAGGUCUGGAGUAGGAACGCGAACUGGAUCGGGUACGUUGCGGUAUCUAACGAUGAGACCUCGAAGCGAUUAGGCCGCCGCGAUAUCACCAUUGCUUGGCGGGGCACGGUCACGCGGCUUGAAUGGAUUGCUGAUUUAAUGGACUUUCUCAAGCCAAUUUCGUCCCUCAAAAUCCCCUGCCCGGAUCGGACCGUGAAGGUCGAAUACGGGUUCGUGGAUCUUUAUACUGACAAGGACGAUUCCUGCCGGUUCUGCAAGUUCUCUGCCAGAGAACAGAUCUUGUCGGAGGUCAAAAAACUUCUCGAUAUGUAUCAAAAUGAAGAGAUCAGCAUCACCAUCACCGGCCACAGCCUUGGAGCUGCGUUGGCGAUUUUGAGUGCGUUUGACAUCGCUGAAACGGGCGUUCACGUGUUGAAAGACAGUCGGGCGGUGCCCGUAUCCGUGUUUUCGUUCGCGGGUCCUCGGGUCGGGAAUGUGAGGUUCAAGGAGCGUAUUGAAUCACUAGGAGUUAAAGUGCUGAGAGUGGUGAACGUGCAUGAUAUGGUGCCAAAGUCGCCGGGGUUUCUGUUCAACGAGCAAGCGCCGCCGAUGGUGAUGAAGCUCGCGGAGGGCUUGCCGUGGAGUUACUCGCACGUCGGAGUGGAACUCGCUUUGGAUCACAAGAACUCCCCGUUUUUAAAAGAAACGGGUGACCCGGUUGGUGCACAUAAUUUGGAGGCUCACUUGCAUUUACUUGAUGGAUAUCAUGGAAAAGGGCAUAGAUUUGUGCUGUCAAGUGGAAGGGACCCAGCAUUGGUAAACAAGGGGUCUGAUUUCUUGAAAGAUCAUUACUUGGUCCCUCCAUACUGGAGACAAGAUGAGAACAAGGGGCUUGUGAGGGGCAAUGAUGGCCGUUGGAUGCAGCCUGAGAGAUCUAAACUUGAUGAUCAUCCUUCUGAUAUGCACCAACACCUCAUCAAGUUAGGCCUAGCUUCUCGUCAGUAGAAAGACUUACCCCCUCCUUUCUUGCUUGUAUUAUAUGUUUAUAGAAUUCACCACAACUAUGUGCUAUAUAUAUAUAUUGAUGAUGUUUGUUCUGCAUAA